AUGCUCAUUGAGGAACUGGAGACGUUGCGAGAGAGCAUUCUCUCUCUAGAGCUGGAUCAACUGCGAGCCGCCAUACGUGGACAAGAGGUUCCCGAUGAUUUCCCGCAUGAGUUGGUUUACAAGUGCCUGGUUGCGGGCAUUCGGUAUCACGAUGGCUUCGCUAUCGAACUCCGUGGCAAAUCGCUACACCAAUCCUUGGAACGAGCCUUCAACGCUAGAGAUAUCAUUAGUAACCGAAUACCCAAGAUGGAGAAGCCAGAAGACAUCCCAUACUGCUUCUGGCAUCCUGGUGUCCCCAGUCAAGGAACUUUGCGACAGCUCUUGAAGAAUUAUCCUACACUCUUCAUGCGCUACAAAGUUGGACGAGCGUGUGCUGCUGGUGGAUACGAGGAGCUUUACAAAGAACUAGAUGAUCUUCUUCCUGAUGUCGCCAUUGCAGAGGAAGCCCGCGAUAAUUUACCUGUCUCCAAAGUCGGAGCCUUUCUGAACGGCGAUACCUGUGUUCGGUCAACAUUGGAAAAGAGGCAGCCAGUACACCACGAAAUCUUCCCUCCUCCGUUUGACAUCACUGAAGAUUGGUGCUUGGCUGCUGAUGGGAAACGGCUGGAAGAAAGGCCUAUUCCAAGCGACAUCUUGAGUCUCCUCUACGCUCCCUUGCCACCACAUUUACCCUCAGUUGAAAAAGACAUCCUCAUUCCCAUGGCGGCCUUUACUGGAAACAUUGACCGUUACGUCCGACUAAGAAGACCUCAUCCUCUCAAUGGCGAGAUGCAGUGCAUAGUGCGUGGUAUCUACCACAACACCUUUUUCGCCAAGUGGUGCUAUGAACAACCAGAGCUAGCCGUGCUCCAGAAGUUUGUUCAUGCGCGCUUCAUCAUGAACGACGAUCUGACGUGGCUCAACAGCGAUAGGCCUUUCUCAAAAGAAGAUGUGCCACGUAUUAUGUGGUAUCCGCAAACAGCAAAUCGAACAACUUAUUUGGAGCUGCUGCGUUUGAUCCCCGAGCUGAAGCAGCUCGUGGCUCAAGCAUUAGUCGUAUCUGACAGCCCGUCAGACGUCGCGCGACUUGAGCCUGAAAUCACGUCAGAAAUCUACGCGGAAAUAAUGAGUGGAGUUCGUUCAGAUGCAUUCCAGGAGUUCCUCCAUCAGCGGCAGUCGAACGAAGAAGAAGAGGAACUGGCUGAGUGGAUGGAGCUUCCGCACGAUAUCCACGACGUUGCUCUUUAUGAUCAUUUGGCAUCAAAGGAAAUUAAAUCAUGGUUUGCUAAAGCCCUCAAGGAACUCACGUUGGAUGAUGUUGGUGUUGAGAACAGAGAAGUGUACGAGCCCGAUACGAGAGACGCUAGGGAUUUGAUACGCUACAUGUCUGCGUUCCUCAAAAAACCGAGGGAUCAUUAUCGAGAAGCAAGGGAAGCGAGGUGAGAAUUGUAACUGAAGGGACU